AAUUAUUUUAUUAUUUUUAUAUAAAAUAAUAACGAAACUGAAGUAUAUGAACUUGGCUUAUCCAAUGCCUUUGUUCCUCCAGUAGUGUAGUUGAAAAUGGCGAAAGGCAAGCUGGUGGACGGCCUGAAACAAUUUGCUGACAAGCAAUUUCAGGAACUCAAUCGUCGCUAUGGCCAGCAGUUUAUGGAAGUUUUGGAGUUCCCGAUAAAAGUCGUUUUAUCUCCUUUCACUCUUGCUUACGACAUUGCUGGUUCCGCUCCUCGUGGCUUCGGCGUCCCUGAGUUCAUCUCCAAGCUCUCUUUCUCCACUAUCUUCGUGGUUGCUACUCUCGGAACUUAUGAUAUUACAUUUGAGCUCGGAAAGAAGUUGUUGUGUCAAAGGAAUUGUCGGACCUGCAAUGGGUGGCAGGCACUGCAGUGCACUCUGUGCAAAGGUUCAGGGAAGGUGCAGUUUCAGGUUAAACAGUACACCUUGAGAAGUGGAGAAAAGGCAACAGCUGAAUGUAUUGCAGAUGCUAUUGCGGAUAAUCGAGCAGAGAUAGUGCAUCUUCCUUCUAGCAUGAAUUUUGGGGUGCCUUUGCCAUCGAAAGACUGUCCAGAUUGUGAUGGGUCGGGUGUGAUGAAAUGUCCUGAAUGCAAAGGAAAGCUACAAAUAAGGAUAUCUGCUGAUGAUAUUAUGGAGCCUCCAUGGAAAGCCUAUGACAUCAUGAGAAAAAUGGAUUACCCAUAUGAGCAUAUAGUUCAUAGCAUGAAAGAUCCCAGUAUCGCUGCAUUUUGGUUGAUUACUAUGCCCCAGAUUAUGGGAGGAUUUAAUUAUGAUGAUGAUGUCAAACAGAAAAUUUGGUGGCAGUACAAGGAAUCUAUGCGGUAUGAUGAGCUGAGAGAUGUGGUUGCCACACGCAAGCCUGGAUGGGAGCACUUGCAAGAAGCACUACAGUCUAUUGAUCCUGCCCGUGCUAAGGAUGAUCCUAUUAUUGUGAGAAACAUACCUUACUACAGGGCCAAGAAGGCGCUCGAAGCAGAAGUGAUGAAGCUUGAUGCUCCCCCACGGCCUCAAAACUGGGGAGAGCUUAGUCUUCCGCUAGAUGCAUCUUCAUGGACCGAAGAAGAUCGCAAAGAUCCCAGAAAGUUGGAUGAAAUGAGAGUUCUUCUAAAUGCGCAAAGAGAAAUAGCAGACAAAAUGUUGGAUGCCCAGUGGGAAGCUAAGUGGCGUCAAGAACAGCUGAACAAAAUGCUGAUCGAGAAGGUACAGCCAUACAUCCAGAAAAUAGAUAAUAAUGUCCUGCCGAGGCCUAUAUUACAACCUCAGACGUCUUCAGAGAAAAAGAGAAAGACUAGGCAGCGUCGAUGGUGGUUAUUUUGAUCAGUUGGUGAAUGCUGACAAAAAUUAGCACAUGUAUAAUCUCAAGCCAGUGGUCAAAUAUAAUUCCUCACAAUCAUGUAAUCUCACUGCUCUCUCUCAAGUGAGGUAGCACAAAAAGUAUUAAGAUUUAGGCAUUCAGUAUGAAGAUAGCAAAAUUUACUAUAACCAAAGUCAUUGAGAAAUAUGCCUAAAUUGUUAAAGAUGCAUCAGCUCUGCUAUUUAUAAUACAAUGUUUAUAAUACACUGAUUAAUGUACUGAGCAGCCUUUUCUCUGAAAGCUUUCAAAUUUAAUGGGAGAGAUUAAUUUAGAUUUAUGUA